AUGACCACUGAAAGCUCCUCCCUUUCUUCUCCUUCCAGCCAUAGAAACACUGCUUCAUCAACUCUCAACAAAAGUUACCAAAACGAAAUUCUUAACCCUUAUUUCAUGCAUCCUAAUGAGAAUCCCGCUCUUGUUCUCGUUUCCCCUAUCUUGAACACUGAUAAUUACCAUUUUUGGUCAAGGUCUUUGACGAUGGCACUACAAUCCAAGAACAAGCUACACUUCAUCAAUGGUGCACUACCUCAACCACCCGAUGAAGAUCGUGAUUCAAUCGCUUGGGAUCGAUGUAACACGAUAAAAAUGUCAUGGUUGAAUAAUUCUGUUGAAUCUGAAAUUUCACUGAGUGUUUUGUGGAUGAAACAUCUGCUAGCAUAUGGAAGGAACUCAAAAGUCAAAAAUCGUUUUUAUCAUAGAAAUAUCUUUAGAAUCUCAGAAAUUCAAGAAGAGAUUUGCACUAUUAGACAAGGUGGCUCUUUUAUUUCUUCUCACUACACCAAACUGAAAAUGCUAUGUCUCAAGGCAGAGGAAACAAUUAUUUUCGAGGUUGAGGCACAAGAGGUGGUUGAUUCACUUCUGAUCGUGGAAGAGCACCAAGGCCAAAUCAACAAUGUUUCCACAGAACAUGAGCAAGAAGAUGAAGCUCAUCAUGAAUCUUCUGAUGAACAGCUUAAUGAUACUGCAUCUGGAAUCAUUGGAUUCACUCCUGCUCAACACAAGGCCCUUCUUGCCUUACUUUAG